AUGAAAUCCUCCCGUGGUGGCGGGCUUCCCCUCGGCACAAUCCUGCUCUGGAUCCUCCUGCUGCUCCCGGACACCAGUGUGGCCUGGAAGCAACAUGCCCCUCGCCUUCGUGUCUCCUAUAAAGAUCUGCUGAGAUCCAACAGCUCUCGCCUGUUGCUGGCGUCAGCGGAUGGGCUGGAUUUCCAGGCACUUUUGCUGAAUGAAGACAGGGCCUGGCUGAUGGUGGGAGCAAAAAACCACAUCUUCCUGCUCCAUCUCAACCAUCCCACCAGGGAGCCUGAGAAGAUUUUCUGGCCAGCCUCCCGGGAGCAGGUUGAGCACUGCCGUCUGGCAGGGAAGAAUGCAGAGACAGAAUGUGCCAACUUCAUCCGCCUCCUGCAGCCCUUCAACAGGAGCCAUGUGUUUGCCUGUGGGACUGGCUCCUACCAGCCUGUCUGUGCCUUCAUCCAGCUGGGAGGCAGAGCAAAGGAUACUGGGGCCCUACCGAUGCGGCUGGUGACCCACUCCUUGGAAUCGGGGCGAGGACGGUGCCCAUACAGCCCCCAUGAACCUUUCACAGGGCUCCUUGUCGAUGGGGAGCUCUAUUCUGGCACCUCCAGUGACUUCAUGGGCAGCAGUGCUGCUUUCUUCCGGACCUGGGUUCACAGGGCUGAGCAGAGCUACAUCCGGACGGAGCAGAACCAGGAUCACUGGCUACACGAGCCUGCGUUCGUUGGCGCUUAUGCCAUCCCUGACACCCAUAACCCACGUGAUGACAAGGUCUACAUCUUCUUCCGCGAGACCGCCCUGGAAGCCGGGCAGUGGGAGAGACGGCACAUCCAUGCCAGGGUGGCGCGGGUCUGCAAGAACGACGCUGGGGGCAAGCGCAGCCUCAUCAAUCGCUGGAGCACAUUCCUCAAGGCCCGCCUGGUAUGCUCCAUCCCCGGGCCCCACGGCACCGAGACCCACUUCGACCAGCUUGAGGAUGUUUUCCUCCUCCGCACCCGGGAUCCACAGAACCCUCUUGUCUUCAGCCUCUUCACGGUUUCCAGCGGCGUCUUCAGCGGCUCCGCCGUGUGCGUCUACUCCAUGGCUGCCGUGAGAGCCGCCUUCAGCGGCCCUUUCGCACACAAGGAGGGAUUCGACUACCGCUGGGUAGAGUACAAGGGGCGCAUCCCGUACCCCCGGCCUGGCACAUGCCCCAGUGAGACGUACGACCCCCUCCUGCAAUCCACCAAGGACUUCCCCGACGAGCUGAUCAGCUUCAUGCGCACCCACCAGCUCAUGUGGGAGCCCGUGUACCCGCAGCGCCGCCGGCCCGUCCUCGUGAGGGUCAACGUGCCGUACCGGCUCCAGAGGCUCCUGGUGCACAGGGUGGAGAUGGAGAGCAGGCACUACGACGUGCUCUUCCUUGGCACAGAUGAUGGCAAAGUCCUGAAGGUGGGUCUGGCCAGCGGGGCGAGCCAGGGCACGGAGGAGAUCAGCCUUGAGGAGAUCAGUGUCACCAAGGUACCUUCUCCCAUCCUGGACAUGCAGUUGUCACCAAAGCGGCAGGAGCUGUUUGUGAGCAGCACCCACGGGCUGCUGCAGCUCUCCCUGUACCGCUGUGAGCUCUACGGCAAAGCCUGCACCGACUGCUGCCUGGCCAGGGAUCCCUACUGCACCUGGGAUGGCAAGAGCUGCGCCCCACACUUGCUCACAGAGAAGAGGCAGGCCCGCUGGCAGGACGCGCUGAAGUCCGACCCACUCAGCCAGUGCCAGGACACCACAGACGGGACCACUGCAGCAGAGAAGCUGGUUUUCGGCGUGGAGAAAAACUCAACCUUCCUCGAGUGCCUGCCUCGCUCGCCCCAGACAAGCAUCCAGUGGCUGGUGCAGCACAGCGACGAGGGGAGCGUGAGCGAGCUCACGAGCAACGGCCGCUUCCUGAUGCUAGAGCAAGGGCUGCUGAUCCGCCAGCUGGCGACGGAGGACGAGGGGACCUACGAAUGCCGGGCUGUGGAGCGCUCCUUCUCGCGGCCCCUCACGCGCUACAGCCUUCGUGUCAUCAGGCACGAGGCGAUGGAGGCGCCUCCCUACAAGCGGGGCAAGGGGGCCGAGCUAGGAGGAAGCUACCAGCCCCCCCUGCCCCGAGUGGACCUACAAAUGAGCUACAAGGGAUUCCCGCGGGCGCUGGGGGCACCAGGCACCAGCCUCGAUACCUACUGCAAUGCCCUGCGGCACCAGGAAAGGCAGCGGCAGAAGGCCUGGCCCCAGAAGUGGCAGCAUCCUUCCCCAGAAAGCAAGAAGGGCCGAGUGCUACGGCACCCUCAGCGCCUGUAA